AUGGAAUUGGAACACGGGCCGAUUUCAUCAAAUAAUCGCCCCCGUCCUUUACAAUAUGCUUUACCAACGAUUCAAUCGCUCAACAAUAAGUUAUGUUUUGAAAAAUUAAGUGAAGCCGAGUUUUGUUAUAAUGAAGUAGAACAACAUAUGAAGUUAAUUAAUUGUUCAAAUGUAUUUAUAUCAGAAGAUUGUACUGGUAUUAUUCCAAGAGUAGAAUACGAUGUAAAUAAAAAUUGUUUUACAGGCUUUGUUACCCCAAUGGUAAAUGAUGAACCAGUUCCACAAGCAUAUCGAUGUACAACAUUUGAACAAUUAGAACAUUUAUAUGGAACAGUAGUUAAAUCAACUUUAGUCAAUAUCUAUGUUGUACAACCAAUUACUAAUCUUACGACUUCAUCUAUUAUUUUAUUUGCCUAUGGCACAAAUAAUAAAAUCACAACAACCAAAAUCAGAAAUAGAUUAUUAUCAUCAACAUGUAAGUUAUUAAUGGGAUCAUAUCAAAUUUCAAUUAAACAUUUAUAUCAAUUGAUUGAAACAAAUAAUAAAUUAGAUCACAGUAUCACAAAAUGUGAUUUGAAUGUGAGAGAUAGAAUUGCACAAACAAUGGCUGAAUAUGUUAAAAUGAAAGAAGUAUUAAUGGAAAAUAGUUGUUUUAAUUUGAAUAAAUUAUCAGAAUCAAUCAAACAACAGUUAUCAGCGCAUACUUUAAACGAAACACAAUCAAUUAAUUUUAAUGAACCAGAAGCAGAUGAUAACGUUGAUACUCAAGAUGAAGAGGAAGACGAAUAUAGCUUAAAUAGCAACAGCAAUGAUGACGAAUCGUAUGACGGUGAUAUUGAAUCAAAUAUGAAUGAUCAUGAAAAUGAAAAAGACGACCGUAUUGAUGAUAAUGACAUAACACAAGAUUUCUUUGCAAAUGCACACUCGUCUAAAUAUACAGGUGAUUUUAUAAAUGUUGUUUUACAGUUUUAA